CCCCCUGGGGUCCAAAAACGCGGGGCCGCGUUUUGACGCAUUUUUUCCUGUUUCCUGUGACAUCCACUUAAAAUACUCCGUCAUUCAUAAUCAUACACAUACAUGUAAUACAUCAUUCGAAACUGUGAAGUCUCUACUUUAAUGUGAGUGCCUUCAUAAUAACAACAAAACCGUGUUCUUUUGGCAAAUAAAGAAAAUAAACAGGGAGUGCAUUCAGACAUCUCUGUCUCAUUGACCAUCUUCCUCAAACACGUUACAAACAUGAACUGAUAACUCCGCCAAUACUUGUCACACGAACAUGAUACAUAUGUCUAAAGAAAGCCUGAAAUGUCUACUUUUACAUGAUGUAAUUAAAAUCUGAAGAAAUCAUUGUCUGUUUGUGUAAUCGACAUGUAAGUAAAGAGAGGUACAGUUUUUCUGGCUCGACCUCAUUAGCCCUAAUGUGAUCCCACCUACCUUGUGCGCGCCAUUCAUAUGGAAAUUACCUGAUGCGGGCUAUGCAAACAAGGUCAACGCCCCCAAACAAUGCUUUAAGAAGCAGCGAGUUUUGACAGUUUCAUUCACUUAUCAACGCGCUGGGAAGAUGACACGCUUUACAGGUGAGGAAGCUCUACAGAUGCUCCUGGACAGCGAGGAAGAGUUCACCGUUUCUUCAGACGAAGAGCAGGACUCCGACGAUGAACGUUUGUAUUUUGAAGAGCGACUUGAUCCAGCUGAGGAUAUAAUUUCUGAAGAGAAUGCUGCAUCAUUGUCCUCUUCAGCGGGCAUCUGCAGAAAUGCGACGGACAUUCAUACAGGUAAUGUGGCUUCGUCGUCAUUUACUCGCACGGGGGCAUCCAGAAACGAACCCGAAAUUCAUAAAGUGAAUGUUGCUGCAUCACUUUCACCUUCGUUUGAUACUCGCAUUGGGAGGGCACACAGAAGCGCAAUUGAGAACAAGAAAGGGAAUGUGUCUGCAACACCAACUUCGUCUGGUACUCGCACGAGGGCACGCAGCUGCGCAACUGGGAACAAUAAAGAGAAUAUGGCUGCAACACUUUCGCUUUCAUUUCCUCGCACGAGAUCACACAGCAACGCGACCGAUAUUCAUCCAAUGAAUGUUGCUGCAUCACUUUCACUUUUACCCGGUACUCAUAAACGCCAUAGGUCUGCUUCAGUUCUCAAAGCAACUGAGACUAAUGUAUCUAACACUGACAGUGAUAAGGCCCCUGUUGCAAAGAGAGUCAAGACCAACAUCCAGGCAAGCAGCAGCAGGUCCGUUCUGUCAUGGAAAACAGAGACUGAUAUUGAUGUGGUUCCACACACUUUGCGUUUCUUUCCUGCACGGGAACCUGGACCACAGCUGAGUCCUGCAGACGCACACACACCCCUGAGUCUCUUCAAAAUGUUUUUUCCUGAGGAUGCAGUUUCAACUCUUUGCCAUAACACCAACGCUCAGGCUGCCAGGGCAAAAGCAAAGGGUUCCAAGUAUAAAUGGAAAGAUGUCAGCGUCACUGAGAUGUACCGCUACAUUGGACUACUAUUUUAUAUGGCCAUGGUAAAGUUGAUCUCCAUCAGGGACUACUGGAGACAGGACAAUGUUUUCUCCGUGCCUUUUCCUGCCACAGUAAUGUCAAGAGAGAGAUACCGCACUAUUUCAUGGAAUGUGCACAUGAGUCACCCAGAAGACGACAAAGUAAAUGACAGGAAAAGGGGCACAGCCGAACAUGACCGUCUUUUCAGGGUCAAGCCUCUUAUGGACACUAUUCGUCAAGCUUGUAUAAACCUCUAUCAUCCUAAAAGAAACUUGGCUGUGGAUGAAAGAAUGGUGGCAUGCAAAGCAAACACAGGAAUGACACAGUACAUGAAAGCUAAACCAACCAAGUGGGGCUUCAAGUUGUUUGUGCUUGCAGAUUCUUCAAAUGGAUAUACUGUGGACUUUUCAGUGUACACCGGGAAAAAUAACUUUCCCACAGGCCAUGGACUUUCAUAUGAUGCUGUGACGUCUCUUUUGGACUGUAAAACUCUAGGCUCUGGGUACCAUGUGUACAUGGACAAUUUUUACACAAGCCCAAAGCUCCUGACAGACAUGUUUGCCAUGAAGUUUGGUGCUUGUGGGACUUACAGAGACUUUAGAAAGGAAUGCCCACGGGAUGCAACAAAUGCAUGGUCAUACUGCUAUUGCAACAGCUGCCUACUCUUGGACAGUUUAGUUUCAUUUGAGGAGUUAACUGAUGCUGUUAAACCAAAAGAGCACCUGCAAUUUGAUGGACUAUCAGUGAACUUUUAUAAAGUUAAAAGAAGUUAA